AUAUCUCUCCCUUCCUCUGUUGUCGUCACCUCUCCUUUCUCUCUCAGCCUGUCUUCAGCAAAUUCCAUCUCUGGGUUUUGUUGGGUUUUUCAAAUCUUUUAGUGGAUCAGAGUUAGAUUUCCGUAUACCUGUACGUAUAUACAGAAAUUGUGGACAUCUGCAAAUACAGUCAUGGUGAUGAAGGUGGCGACGCCGAGGAACUCGAUCACAACCGUGUUCGAAAGAGUUGGGGUAUACGGCUUUAGAGGGAGCAGAGGCUGCAGCCAAAAGAGGUGCAGGCAUGAGAUUCAGGAUGAAGAAGCUGGAACAGUGGAAAUGGUGCAAAUUGGUGGUGAGAGGACCAAGAAUGUGCUGAUUCUGAUGAGUGAUACCGGCGGCGGCCACCGGGCCUCGGCCGAGGCCAUUCGGGACGCUUUCCGGUUGGAGUAUGGGGACGAGUAUAGGGUUUAUGUGAAGGAUGUUUGGAAGGAAUUCGCCGGCUGGCCAUUGAACGACAUGGAGAGAUCAUACAAAUUCAUGAUUAAACAUGUACAGCUUUGGAAGGUUGCAUUUCAUACUACCUCUCCUCGAUGGAUCCACUCUUUCUAUCUUGCCGCCAUGGCCGCUUACUAUGCCAAGGAGGUUGAGGCUGGUCUUAUGGAAUACAAGCCGGAUAUAAUUAUUAGUGUUCAUCCUCUUAUGCAACACAUCCCUUUAUGGGUUUUAAAAUGGCAAGGUCUGCAGAAGAAAGUAAUUUUUGUCACCGUAAUCACAGAUCUUACUACUUGCCACCGCACAUGGUUUCACCCAGGAGUGAAUCGGUUGUACUCUCCCUCAGAGGAGGUAGCAAAAAGGGCUUUUCUUGACGGUCUAGAAGAAUCUCAAAUACGUGUUUUUGGAUUGCCAAUCCGACCCUCUUUUUGCCGUGCUAUUGUUUGCAAGGAUGAUUUAAGAAUAGAACUUGAAAUGGAUCCCCAAUUGCCUGCGGUUUUGCUGAUGGGUGGUGGCGAAGGAAUGGGUCCUGUGAAAAAAACUGCAGAGGCUCUUGAAGAAUCUCUAUUUGAUGAACAACUUGCGAAGCCAAUUGGACAGUUGAUAAUCAUUUGUGGCCGUAAUAAAGACCUAGCUUCGUCGCUGGAAUCACUCGAAUGGAAGAUCCCCGUUAAGGUUAGAGGGUUUGAGACCCAGAUGGAAAAAUGGAUGGGUGCCUGUGACUGCAUUAUCACGAAAGCAGGACCUGGAACAAUUGCAGAAGCAUUGAUCAGAGGGCUACCGAUUAUUCUGAAUGACUACAUUCCUGGACAAGAAAAGGGCAACGUUCCCUACGUAGUGGACAAUGGUGCAGGAGUCUUCACACGAAGUCCCAAGGAAACUGCUAAGAUUGUAUCCGAAUGGUUCAGCACCGAAACAGCUGAGCUCAAGCGAAUGUCAGAGAACGCGCUCAAACUCGCUCAACCAAACGCUGUGUUCGAUAUCGUCAAGGACAUUCAUGAGCUUGCUUGCCAAAGGGGGCCCCUGGCCAGCAUCCCCUAUGUCUUGACAUCAUCAUUUUCUAACCUCAUUUAACCCAUCAACCUUCUCUCCCUCUGUGGGACUGAUAUUUUGCCCUACUAAGAUUUCAUGUACAGACAAUUUCAAAAAAAGAUUUCAUGUACAGAGCAGAUUAGUUGGAAUCA